CACACCACCACAACCGAAAUCGCAUUGAACUCAAGCAUACACUCUCACACCCGCUGGAAGCACACACCAUGUCGGAACACACUCUGCCCCAGCUCCCUUACGCAUACAAUGCUCUCGAGCCUGCCAUCUCUGCCCAGAUUAUGGAGAUCCACCAUUCCAAGCACCACCAGGCAUACGUGACCAACCUGAACGCCGCCGAGAAGGCUUACGCCCAGGCUGCCAGCGCCUCCGACGUUCGCAAGCAGAUUGAGAUUCAAUCUGCUAUCAAGUUCAACGGAGGUGGACACCUUAACCACACCCUGUUCUGGAAGAACUUGGCCCCCUCCAGCCAGGGCGGAGGUCAACUCAAGGAUGGUGUUCUCAAGCAGGCUAUCGACCGCGACUUUGGUUCGCUCGACAAGCUCAAGGAGCAGUUCAACAAGACCACUGCUGCCGUGCAGGGCUCCGGCUGGGGAUGGCUUGGCUACAGCCCAACCACUCAGAAGCUUGAGGUCGUCACCACUAAGGACCAGGACCCUUUGAUCACCCACGCACCUCUGCUUGGCGUUGAUGUCUGGGAGCAUGCCUACUACCUCCAAUACCAGAACUUGCGUCCGAAGUACCUUGAGGCCAUCUGGUCUGUCAUCAACUUCGACGAGGCCGAGAAGCGUCUCAGCGAGGCCCAGAAGAAGGCUCAGCUUUGAGUUUUGUUUGCCAAACCCAAGUCAUUCAAG